CCUGUGAGGAAAACAAGGAAGUGCUACUGUUUUGAUGAAGAGGAGGAUCCGUCGUCCUAUUCAGUCAUGAGUUUCAAUCAGAAUACUUUGCUCGUUGUUUUAUCUUGUAUAUGCAUUAGUGUUUGUGUAUCUGGAGAAGUUGUUUCGGCAGGUUCGCCAGUCUUUAAAACCCAUGUGGACCCGCUAUACUCUCUUAACCUGCUCACGGCGCUCAAUGACUACUCGGACAUCAGCCAGUACUGCAAAGACCUCCUGGACUUAUUUGGCAAUCAAUACGUCGCUUAUGUGAAUUGUUUAGUGCCAGCAGCUCGACCUGUCAAAGUGUGCCAAAACUGCUUCGUUAACUUCGAAAACCUCAAUAAAACAUACACAAACAUCUCAUCAGACGAGGUGGGUCCAGCGGGUGAGGUCUGCCGGGACAGUCUACUGCGAAGUGACAGGCUAAUGUUAGUUUUUCUGCUGUUUAGUAAUCUGGAUGGAAUAUGGGAAAAAUCCAACUGCAAAAAUUGCAUAUCAAGUGAUUCUCCAAGUCUGACCAAUGACACACUGUAUUUUCUUGCAAUGCUCAACCAGACUUACAACUGCUUUGAUCAAUACCAGCAGGGUAACCAUACAGAACUGUGUAAAAACUGCAAGAACACAUAUCGAGACUUAAACAUCCUGUAUAGUGAGAUGGAGAAGAAUUAUACAAUGUGUAUAGACAUUGAAGAUGCGAUGAAUGUAACCCGCAGACGCUGGAGUAAAACCUUUAACUGCUCAUUCCCUCGUGAGGAGAACGUGCCGAUCAUUGCUGUGUCCAGCUUUAUGCUUUUUCUGCCCAUCAUCUUCUACUUGAGCAGCUUCCUUCACUCUGAACAAAAGAAACGCAAACUCAUACAGCCUAAAAGGGUACCACAGUACUCCAGCUUGAUGAACAUUCAAGACAAACUGAGCUGAGAAGUCCCACACUUUACUAAAAAAACACCACACUUGAGAGGAAAAUCCUCUUUUUCUUUGUGUCAAGACAAUAUUUUUUAUAUCCUAAACGCACCUGAUGACAUCUGCUGUUUGAAAUGCACUGAGGAGGUACAACAUUCACCACAGAUUUGUCCCUGAACAAUAUUUGGACUCAUUUUUUAGAUCCAUUGACCCAUUUCCCAGACCCCCAUUCGCAACUGCUGAUCAGUUUUCUGCUUCUAACACACUGGUUUUAAAGUCAAAUUGCCCACUUUGAAUUGGUUCCGUAAUAGAUUUUAAAAAAUUCAUCACUGUUGUCACAGUAACACCAAGACUAACUAAUCAAAGUUCUGCUCAUCAUUGCUGACCAAUGUGUUGAACAUGUCUGGGUUUUCAGCAUCUGUCAUAUGUAGCCGUCAGCACAGUGACUUGAGUGUUGGUUGGAUGCACUGAUGUCUAUGUGCACUAUUUAUGGGGUUCUCAAAUGGGCUUUCUGUUGCUAAUGUAUGUCCAGAAAGGAGCACAGAAAAGGACCACUUGAUGUCCAUUAGCUGUAACGUGUAUGUGCUGUGAGGAGAGGCAGGGCACACAUCAGGAAGGGGGUGAAUAAAGACACACUGGAAAAAGCACUCCAAAGUACCUCACUGUGAUGUUACCUGUUUUCCAGUAGUCAGUGUUUUUGUGGUUUCAUAAAGCUUUUAAUGUGCUUUGCUCUGUGCUAGUUUUCCACUGAUAUUUAACUUAAUUUGUUAAGGCUUUCUGUAAGAGAGGGCUCCUUUAUGAGCUAUGAUCAUUAAAUUGGUGCAUUUAGCUGCUAGUGGUGCAGUGAAUAAAUGUAAAUAUUACUUUAAA